GCUUCCGCACAUCCACCCACCGUUCCAGCGACGUUGAGCCACCACCAAGCUAGCACGCAAGACGUACCAGCCCCACCGUUUUUUGUCUUCAAGUUCCACCGGCCAUGGGUUUUCUUACUGUUCUGCGAAAAUCAAUAAGGUACCCAAUGAAGACUAUGUUCUGAUUUUGACCGAAUUGCAAUUCAGGAAAAUUUUCCUGCUUCUUUAUUUCUUUCCAUCGUGUCCAUCAAGUGGACUGGAUUAUUUUCAGUGCUAUGGUGUUUAUUGCUCUUAGAAAUGAGAAAUCCUUCUUAUAUCAGCUGGGGUUGGAGGUUUGGGGGAUUGAUGGUGAGAACUUCAUGAACAAUUCGACCAUACCCACGACCAUGGAAACAUGCAGUGGAUCUGUUUACAGCUGGUGCAAGCGGGAAGGGGGGUUUGAGCAAAAUUUUACACAUGAGUAAGCUUGAAUCUGGGCUGUUGACACUAGAUGUAAAAAUCCAACGGAUGCCAAUUUCAGCAUAUUUUUGAUCCGCAUAGAAACCAUACGGUCGGUCCCUAUCCUAGACUUUCUCUCUCUCUAUAUAUAUAUGUAUGUAAAAGAAAAAGAUAAAGCAAUCAAAUUUCAACUUGACUUGUCAAUUUUGUUAUUCGGGUCUCUUCGUUUUCAUGAUCAUCAAUCGUCAUCCAGUACGCAACUUUCUGCUCCUUUUUAAAAAAUAAGGAAAAAAAAUAGAAAAAAAGCUUGAACAUACAAGGACUUAGAGGGAAUGACGACGACGGCGUCUUUUGGAGCUUCAAACGCUGCGAUUCUCAAGGACACCAAAGUUCAGAUUGGAAGCUUUCAGGGUCUCAAAUCUUCCUACUGUUUGGCUCUCAGCACAAGAACUGUUCCUGCUUAUCGUGUUUCUUCUUCGAACCGUUCGCUCAAAAGAGCUUUCUCCACGCCAGCAAAGCCUGAGACUGUUACUGAAACUAAGCGUAGCAAGGUUGAAAUAUUCAAAGAACAAAGUAAUUGCAUAAGGUACCCUCUUAAUGAGGAGAUAUUGACAGAUGCCCCUAAUAUAAAUGAGGCUGCCACGCAAUUGAUCAAGUUCCAUGGAAGCUAUCAACAGUAUAACCGAGAUGAACGUGGCUCAAGGUCUUAUUCAUUUAUGCUUCGUACAAAGAACCCUUGUGGGAAAGUACCAACCCAACUUUACUUGACGAUGGAUGACCUUGCUGAUCAAUUUGGAAUUGGGACACUUAGGGUGACAACCAGACAGACAUUUCAGCUCCAUGGUAUUCUGAAGAAGAAUCUGAAGACAGUAAUAAGCAGCGUUAUUAAAAGUAUGGGUUCAACACUUGGUGCCUGUGGUGAUCUCAAUAGGAAUGUUCUUGCUCCUGCUGCUCCUCUUGUGAGAAAAGACUACCUUUUUGCACAGCAAACUGCAGAGAACAUUGCAUCACUGCUGACUCCUCAGUCUGGUUUCUACUAUGAUGUUUGGGUGGAUGGAGAGAAAGUCUUGACAGCAGAAGAACCUCCAGAAGUGACUAAAGCCCGCAAUGAUAAUUCUCACGGAACAAAUUUCCCUGAUUCACCUGAGCCCAUUUACGGUGCUCAGUUCUUGCCGAGGAAAUUCAAAAUCGCUGUUACUGUACCAAAGGACAACUCGGUUGAUAUUCUCACAAAUGAUAUCGGUGUUGUUGUUGUUACUGAUGCUGAUGGCGAGCCUCAAGGGUUCAACAUAUAUGUUGGUGGUGGUAUGGGAAGGACACAUCGGAUAGAGACCACUUUUCCUCGGCUGGCAGAACCGUUGGGUUAUGUGCCCAAAGAGGAAAUUUUAUAUGCGGUUAAGGCUAUUGUUGCUACACAACGGGAUUACGGUAGAAGAGAUGAUCGUAGGUACAGUAGAAUGAAGUAUUUGAUCAGUUCCUGGGGGAUUGAGAGGUUUAGAAGGUUUGUUGAGGAACACUGGGGAGGGAAAUUCCAGCCUUUCCAUGAGUUGCCAGAGUGGGAAUUUAAAAGUUACUUGGGAUGGCAUGAGCAGGGUGGCGGCAAUUUAUUUUGUGGGCUCCAUGUUGAUAAUGGUCGUAUAGGGGGGAAGAUGAAAAAGACAUUGAGGGAGGUCAUAGAAAAAUAUAAUCUGGGUGUGCGGCUCACACCUAAUCAAAAUAUUAUCUUGUGUGAUAUUGGCAAUUCAUGGAAGCGUUCCAUCACCACAGCUCUUGCUCAAGCUGGUUUGCUGCAUCCUAGGUAUGUAGAACCCCUCAACUUAACUGCAAUGGCAUGCCCAGCGAUGCCUCUUUGCCCACUAGCAAUAACUGAAGCUGAACGAGGAAUAGCUGACAUCCUUAAGCGGAUUCGAGCAGUAUUUGAGAAGGUUGGUCUGAAGUACAGUGAAUCUAUGGUUAUAAGGGUAACUGGCUGUCCAAAUGGUUGUGCCAGACCAUACAUGGCUGAACUGGGUCUGGUUGGUGAUGGUCCCAACAGUUAUCAGAUUUGGCUUGGAGGAAAACCUAAUCAAACUUCAUUAGCAAGACCCUUCAUGAACAAGGUCAAGAUUCAAGACCUUGAAAAAGUGUUGGAACCAUUAUUUUACCACUGGAAACGCAAACGGCAAUCUAAAGAGCCAUUUGGGGACUUCACAACUCGCUUGGGAUUUGAGAAACUUCAAGAAUUGGUUGACAAAUGGGAGGGUCCAGUGGUGUCUGCAUCUCGCCAUAAUCUGAAGCUUUUUGCCGACAAGGAGACAUAUGAGGCCAUGGAUUCACUUGCAAAACUGCAGAACAAGAGUGCACAUCAAUUGGCCAUAGACGUAAUACGCAAUUUUGUGGCUUCCCAGCGGAAUGGUACAAAUGAGUGAGUUUGCAAUGGAAGGCAUUAACUGUUAAGUUGUAGAUGAGCUGUAAAUAAAUUAGUUGAUUAGUUGAAAUCCCUUUAAUUAAGGGAUUUGGUGAAUAUAUAUUUAGGAUUGAGUUAGUUUCCUUUUUUUUUCCUUCUUGUAAUUUGUUGUAUAUUAUCAUGUACUAUCAAUAUGAAAAUUAAGGAAUUAUUUUCCCUCAUUCA